AUGGCUUCUGUUUCAACUGCUGGCGAGGCCGUCGCGCGAGUCGCCUACUUGGCCAGCGACUUGGUCCUCUCCGUCCAGCCUGCCCUGCAGACCGACUCAUUAUUCUCAAAGUCACUAAAGGAUCUGAAGGCAAACAAAACUCCGGGGGUCUUGUCAAAGGGAACUACUCAACAGGUGCAAGCUGUGCGCGCCAACGAAGAUCCCCUGCUCUCAGUCUUCCACCCAGUCCAAAAUGGUGAAACAGUAUCUGUCGUCACAGACUCUUCUAUCUUGAUAUCCUCGGUGCCUCACUUAUACCGCCUUGCCAACACCCCCGUCGUCAUCCACGUUGCUUUGAAUGCUACUCCUUCGCCAGAUUACUCCGUAAUUAGCUCGAUUCGGCAAUGCGGCUUCACAUUCCUGCACUCCGAGACUGUGCAAGAGGCGCAGGACAUUGCUAUCACAGCUCAUGCAUUGGCGCGGAAGUCCGGAAAGGGUGUCAUUCAUUUCUUCGACCCUUCAAACUCCAUCGGCGAUGAGGCUAUCCCAGUUGAAGACGCCGAGCUUGUCAAGAAGAUCAUUAGCACUGGCGUGAACGCCAUUUCUCACACCAACGAGGCUGACACUUUGUACGCCGACUCUGGCCGUACCGCGACAGUCACUGCAGAGACUGUGGAGGCUCCAACCCCAGCCGAGGCCCCCGCUUCCUUGAACGUUCCUUCCCAAGCACAGACUCCAUCAAAUGUGAGCGUUGACAACUCAUCUGUUGGAUCGUCUCGACGAGAUAGCAGUGCUGGAAGCGAUGCGCUGAGCUCUACCGCCACUACUGUGGACAACGCCAGCACUCGCCCUGUCAAUGCCGCUGAUAUCUUCGAAUGGACUGCUCAGAUUUGGGCUGCUCUCUAUAACGAGGUCGGCCGCAAGUACAAUGCUAUCGAGUAUACUGGGCCUGCAAACCCUUCAUCCGCUAUCUUCGUCUUCGGGUCUACCGGUGUUUUCGUAGAUGCUCUUGCCAACGCUGCAGUUGGUUCCGAGAUCGAGAACGUCGGCUUGAUCACAGCUCGUCUGUAUCGCCCUGGAUCGGCCCGUAAAACUACCCGCUGGGGGCCUGUAUUCAUGGACCUGCUGUCCAGCCUGACCCCAAACACUGCCCGUGGACAGGCCCUCAAGCUGGUUGGAUACCGCCUCGGAUACAUUGAGCCUUCCACUGCUGUUCAGGCCCUCCGUGGAAUUGUUCAAAAUCUCAACGCUCCCUCGCCCGUCCAGAAUCUGGAUGUCGGAACUACGAAGACUCCUGCUCCCUCUAGCGGUCUCGAGCAGCCUCGCAUUGAGAACGCUUAUCUGAAGAUCCUGAACCAGCUGUUCGGUGAACGUCUCUAUAUUGCCAACCAACUUGAUGCGAAGAAUGCUGGAGUCUCACCUACCAUUGCUGCCAGCCCAGAGUAUGGGUUCGGCUCCCUUCUUGCCCGCAAGGAGCACCGCGCUCGUUUCAUCCGGGAAGUCGAGGAGGCUUCCAAGUCUACCACUUUCGCUACUGAUACCCCCAAGACUUGGCUUUCUCGCUGGGCCUUGAGUGCUAGUGAGAGUGCAAAGGCUAACAAGAUCGCCCCUGAGGUUAUUGCCCGUCUAUCCAACGAUGGCUCUGCUCUGUCUCGUCAAUUGCUGGCGUCUAAGAAGCUCUUCUACGAUGAGUCGCAAUGGCUGAUCGGCUCUGAUGCCUGGGCCUAUGACCUUGGGAACUCUGGUGUUCAUCAUGUCCUGGCUUCCGGUGCGAAUGUCAACAUGCUUAUCAUCGACUCCCAGCCUUACUCCGAGCGCACUGCUGCUGAUCCUACCCGUCGCAAGAAGGACAUUGGUCUCUACGCUAUGAAACUCGGCAAUGCUUACGUCGCUUCCACCGCCGUGUAUAGCUCCUACACCCAAGUCCUGCAGGCCAUGACUGAGGCCGAGCAGUUCAAGGGACCCUCUGUCGUUGUCGCUUAUCUUCCCUACAACCAGGAGAACGACUCUGCUCUUACCGUUCUUCAGGAAACCAAGAAGGCUGUUGACCUUGGCUACUGGCCUCUCUACCGCUGGAACCCCGAGAACGAGGAGAAGGGCGAGCCCAAGUUUGCGCUGGACUCUGAGCGCAUCAAGCGCGAGCUCGAGGAAUUCCUCCGCCGGGACAAUCAGCUCACCCAGCUCAUGAACCGCCAACCCAAGUUCUCUUCCGUUCUCUCUGAAUCAUACGGAACCGAGGUUCGGGCUUUACAGAAGCGCAAGGCUAAGGACUCGUACGAGAAGCUCUUGGAGGGGCUUUUCGGUGCUCCUUUGACCAUUCUGUUCGCUUCCGACAACGGAAAUGCCCAAAACAUUGCCAAGCGUCUUGGUAAUCGUGGUCGUGCACGUGGCCUGAAGACCCUGGUUAUGGCCAUGGAUGAUUACCCUGUCGACGAUCUUGCUACGGAGGAGAAUAUUGUAUUCAUCUCUAGUACCGCAGGCCAGGGUGAGUUCCCUCAGAACGGUCGUGUCCUUUGGGAGCACAUCAAGAAUUCCGGUGAUUUGGAUCUCUCGUCCAUUAACUACUCCGUCUUCGGUCUUGGUGACAGCCACUACUGGCCCCGCAAGGAGGAUCGUAUCUAUUAUAACAAGCCGGCUAAGGACCUUGACGCCCGUGUUGCUUUCUUGGGUGGUCGCAAGCUCACCGACAUCGGACUUGGUGAUGACCAGGAUCCCGAUGGAUACCAGACUGGUUACUCCGAGUGGGAGCCUCGCCUAUGGCAAUCUCUGGGUGUCGACAAGGUUGAAGGUCUUCCGGAGGAGCCCGCUCCUAUCACCAACGAGGAUAUUAAGAUCAACUCAAACUACCUGCGUGGUACCAUUGCCGAGGGUCUCUUGGAUGAGACUACUGGAGCUAUCUCCGCCAGCGAUCAGCAACUGACCAAGUUUCACGGUACCUACAUGCAAGAUGACCGUGACGUCCGUGACGAGCGCAAGGCUCAGGGCCUUGAGCCUGCUUACAGUUUCAUGAUUCGUUGCCGUCUGCCCGGGGGUGUUGCUACCCCUAAGCAAUGGCUACAGAUGGAUGCCAUCAGCAGCUCUCACGGUAAUGAGACCAUGAAGCUCACUACCCGACAGACCUUCCAGUUCCACGGAGUCAUCAAGCGCAAGCUUCGUAGUGCUAUGCAGGCUAUUAACAAAGCCCUGAUGGACACUCUCGCUGCUUGCGGUGAUGUGAACCGUAACGUCAUGUGUAGUUCGCUGCCCGAGCUGUCCGAGUUCCACAGCGAGACUUGGAUUUAUUCGAAGAAGAUCAGCGAGCACCUCCUUCCUUCAACUACCGCCUACCACGAGAUCUGGUUGAAGGAUGACUCUGACAAGAAGGUCCUUGUAGCCGGAGAUGCCGUUGUCGACCACGAGCCCCUUUAUGGACCUACCUACUUGCCCCGCAAGUUCAAGAUUACCAUUGCUAUUCCUCCUCACAACGAUACUGAUGUCUACGCUCACGAUAUUGGUCUUAUCGCCAUCAAGGGUGCCGAUGGACACUUGGAGGGUUUCAACGUCCUUGCGGGUGGUGGUAUGGGCUCUACCCACAACAUGACCAAGACCUACCCCCAGACCGGUCGUAUGAUGGGAUACUUCCCCAAGGAACACAUUCACAUUGUUUGCGAGAAAAUUAUGCUCGUACAGCGUGACCACGGUGACCGCAAGAACCGUAAGCAUGCCCGUUUGAAGUACACCAUCGACGACAUGGGCCUGGAUGUCUUCCGCGGCAAGGUUGAGGAGCUGCUUCCCGACGGUCUUCGCUUCGCCGAGCCCCGUCCUUUCAAGUUCGUCUCGAACAUCGACACUUUCGGCUGGCAGAAGGAUGAAAAGGGUCUGAAUCACUUCACUUUCUUCAUUGAAAACGGCCGUAUCGAGGAUACUUCUGACUUCAAGAUGCGAACUGGUCUGCGCGAAAUUGCCAGCUUAGGCAAGGGCGAGUUCCGUCUUACCGGUAACCAGCAUUUGAUCCUGUCGAAGAUUGCCGACGAAGACUUGCCUCUCAUCAAAGAGACCAUGGCCAAGUACAAGCUCGACAACACCGCCUUCUCUGGACUGCGUUUGUCCUCUUCCGCCUGUGUCGCCUUCCCCACGUGCGGUCUUGCCAUGGCCGAGUCUGAGCGAUACCUCCCUGUCUUGAUCUCCAAGCUCGAGGACACCCUCGAGGAGAAUGGUCUGGCCAAGGACAGCAUUGUCAUGCGCAUGACCGGUUGCCCCAAUGGCUGUGCGCGCCCAUGGCUUGCUGAGGUUGCCUUCGUUGGAAAGGCAUACGGCGCCUACAACAUGUACCUGGGUGGUGGCUACCACGGUCAGCGUUUGAACAAGCGCUUCCGCUCUUCCAUCAAGGAGGAUGAGAUUCUAGAGAUCAUGAAAGACCUCCUCAAGCGCUACUCUAAGGAGCGCAACACCGACGGCGAGACCCCUGAGCGUUUCGGUGACUGGUGUAUUCGUGCCGGUAUCAUCAAGGAGACCACCGAUGGAAGAAAUUUCCACGAGGGCGUCGCCGAAGACGAAGAGGAAGAGGAAUAG